AUGUUCAGAAAGGCAGAAUUACAAGUAAAAUUAGCUGGUAAAAACCAUUUUAGACCAAAUGAAAUGGUGAAAGGAGAGGUAGUAGUGACGGCUAAGAAGAACUUCACUCUUAACGUAUUACAAUGUACGUUUCGCGGUGAAGUGGUGAUUACCAUAAAGCAACGAAUAGAAUCGAGGGGGGGAGUAGCUUCAGAGAGAGUCCCAGGUCACACUGAAACUUAUUGUGACAACCAUCUUUUGAUAAAUAAUUAUGUAGAUUUGGGAGUAGGAUCUGAGGGGGUGAUAAUGAAUAAGGGAGAUUCAAGGAGCUUUGAAUUCGAAUUCGUUUUUCCCGAGUUUGUUAUUUGUCACAAAUGUCACCAAAGUACUAGAUUACCUUCUACCAAUUUUAGUACGGUUGGCGGUGUGGAAAAUGUAAAUUGCCAAGUAUCCGUAGCAUAUGUCUUAACUGCCACUGCAGAGCCGGACUCAACUUUUGGAAAUGCACAAGGAGAAAUUAGUUUGAUGUUUACUCAAACCAGGGAUGAGAAUUUAAUGCUAUUCACGCACAUUGCCCUGUCUUAUAGGAAUGGGCAAGUAUGGGAAGGAAAAAUGAAAAAGUUUGUUGAUCUGAACUACAAAGAUUACGGGAAGGAAAAUGUUGCUACUGAAGGAGUUGAGUGUAUUAGGAAUCCUCUUGAUGAAGCUCACAAUCAUAGUAGGUCUAUAAGGAAAAUUUUUAAUAGUAGCUACAAGAAGGAGAAUUAUAGUAAGCUAGUUGGAGAUGUCGGUUUGGAACUUGAGCUUUUUAUAAAGAAUAGGGUAAUUUAUGCUUCUCAAGAUGUUCGAGAUUGCUUUUCGUUAACAUUUCGAGCAAGUGUACCCCAUCUACAACCGGACUAUUUGCUUUACUCUAAAAAAUCCUCUCAGUUAGGUCUUUUUUCAAUAAGAUCGGCCACAAUAGCACUUAUCAGAAAUUAUACCGUUACAGCCAACGUUAUGACAGGGACUUUCCCACAAAGGGCAAAUCUCUUCAACAAAAAUUAUGGACACGAGCUCUCGUUUGACAUAGUUGACUUUAAACCUAACUAUGAAGAUCCUACUCUAUUGGAAUGGACUAUACCAUUGAAAGAAAUAUUAUUUUCAAAGGAAAUUAUUAUCUCCUCUACUAAAGCUACCUACAAGCCUAACUACUUAAGUGGUUGUGAUAUUCUAGGCAUAGCCCACCAAUUAAGUGUAACUUUAAGUGUCGCUAAUGAUUUUGAAGAAACUCCAAGACCAAUUGAGAUCAUAUAUGAUAUUCAAGUCAUGUAA